UCAUGAAACAGUGUGUUUCAGCUUCAGUGUGUUAAUGUGACGUGUUUAAUGGGAGGAGACAGCAGCAGGUUAUAACACACAGCUGAUGUAGAAAUGAAAGUGUUCACUGACUGAACUGCAGCAGAGACUCUACUACUGACUGUUAGACACCAACAUGGGCAACAACUACUCUGAGCUCAAGAAUGAGGAGCCAAAGGAAACACAGGAACCAGAACUCAGGAUUGUUCUUGUUGGGAAAACUGGAUCUGGGAAAAGUUCAUCAGGAAACACCAUCUUAGGGAGGAAGGUUUUUAAAUCUGAAAUGUCUGCUUCCUCAGUGACAACAGAGUGUCAGAAGGAAACAGGAGAGUUUGAGGGUCAAACUCUGGCUGUUGUUGAUACUCCAGGUCUGUUUGACACCAAGAAGCCUGAAGAGAAGGUGAAGAAAGAGAUCGCUAGAUGCAUCUCAUUAGCUGCUCCUGGUCCUCAUGUGUUCCUGAUCGUGAUCCAGGUCGGCAGAUUCACAAAAGAAGAACAAGACACAGUGAAAAUCAUUCAGAAGGUGUUUGGAGAAGAAGCAGCAGGUUACACCAUGGUGCUGUUCACACGAUGGAGACGACCUGGAGUCCAUGAGCUGCUGAGGAAGAUCAACUCAAUGGUUCAGAGAAAUGGAGGAAGUUACUACACCAAUAAACUGUUUAUACAGGCUGCUGCACUGGGUGUUCCUAUUGGAGCAGCUGUUGGAGUAGGUGUUGGAAUAGGUGUUGGAAUAGGCAUUGAAGUAGCUGUUGCAGCGGGUGUUGGAGCAGGUGUUGGAGCUGUGGGAGGUCCAAUUGGAGCUGCAGUUGGAGGUUUAGUUGGAGCUGCUGUGGGAGCUGUAGGGGCAGCUAUAGCUGUAGCAGUGAAGAAGAGGGAGGAAGCUGAUGCACGAUCCUGA